AAAAACAAUUCCUAUGAUAAACAACAUUAGCAUUGGAGGCGCCGGGUGUGGGUGGGCCCGCAUGUUGCAUAACGCUAAUGGGAGAUUAGCGAUCUGGCUAACGUUAGCUAGGUGGAAUCUGCAGUCUGGUUCAAAAAUGCAACGCUGUGUUGUGUUGUUGUUGUUUUGAAGAGUAUCAUGGCUAUAUCGUAAACACACAACCUCGCCUUGCGUGUGUCGCCGGGGUAACACCAAAGAAGAUAUGAUUUAGCAGGCUGUUAGCUAAAGUUAGCAGCUAGUUAGAUAGCUUUCUGGUGUCUAUUGGCUGGAAAAAGGGCGUUACACAAACCGUGGCUAGCAUGCUGUUAGCCUAGCCAGCUAAGUCAGGGUUAGCAUCUUUCCCCCCCGUGAACGCUGGCAGCAGUAGACCCUGAGAUAUUUCCACCUGUCGGGAGUUAAGAGUCCUUGCUGGUGUUUUGCACGCCGCAAGCGGAGCUCACAGCGCUGCAAGGCGUUGUUUCCUGUCUGUGUUGGAUGUGGUAACUUCUCGUUGUCAUCGGUGGAACAGUGACUGCGGUGUGUGUGCACAUCCCUGCAGGGCUGCUGUGCUGUCAGAUCAGCAAGGAAACAGUGUCCCUACGCCGGAGCUCCGCAGCCAGACGACGAUGAAGAGAAGCAGACACCCCAGCAGCAGCGAUGACUCCGACAAUGGAAGUAACUCUACCUGCUGGUCCCAGCAUUCAUCACAGCCGAGGAGGGGCACCGGACAGAAACCCUCUGAGGUUUUCAGGACGGACCUGAUCACAGCCAUGAAGGUGCACGACUCAUACCAGCUAAACCCCGAGGACUACUAUGUCCUUGCCGACCCGUGGAGACAAGAGUGGGAGAAAGGCGUCCAAGUCCCCGUCAGCCCCCAGUCCAUCCCACAGCCUGUUGCCAGGGUGUUGGCAGAGAAAGGGAAGGAGGUCAUGUUUGUCAGGCCAAAGAAGCUGAUCCGGACGUCGGGCACGGAGGCGCUGGGCUACGUGGACAUCCGGACGCUGGCAGAAGGGAUGUGUCGCUACGACCUGAACGAGGAAGACGUGGCCUGGCUGCAGAUCAUCAACGAGGAGUUUGCUGAGAUGGCCAUGCUGCCGCUUGACGAGAUCACCAUGGAGCGGGCGAUGGAGGAGUUUGAGCGCCGCUGCUACGAAAACAUGACACACGCCAUGGAGACGGAGGAGGGUCUGGGCAUCGAGUACGACGAGGACGUGGUGUGUGACGUGUGCCAGUCGCCUGAUGGGGAGGACAACAACGAGAUGGUGUUCUGUGACAAGUGCAACAUCUGCGUCCACCAGGCAUGUUACGGCAUCCAGAAAGUCCCGAAGGGCAGCUGGCUGUGCCGGAUCUGCGCCCUCGGGAUCCUGCCGAAGUGCCAGCUGUGUCCCAAGAAGGGUGGAGCCAUGAAGCCGACCCGGAGUGGAACCAAGUGGGUCCACGUCAGCUGUGCCUUGUGGAUUCCAGAGGUGAGCAUCGGGAAUCCGGAGAAGAUGGAGCCGAUCACCAACGUGUCCCACAUUCCCAGCAACAGAUGGGCUCUGAUCUGCUGCCUGUGCAAAGAGAAGGCCGGAGCGUGUAUACAGUGCUCAGCGAAAAACUGCCGGACUGCCUUCCACGUGACGUGUGGCCUCCACGCCAGCCUUGAAAUGAACACCAUCCUCACCGAGGACGACGAGGUCAAGUUCAAGUCCUACUGCCCCAAACACUCUGGGCUCGAGGGCACAGAGUCCCGAGACGGAGACUCGGGAGGCGAGGAGGAGAAGGAGGUGGGCGCCAGAGACAAGAAGGGCAGGAGGAGAGGCAGGGUGAGAGGGGAGGAAGACGCCGCCUCCUCCUCUUUGUGUUCCUAUGUGGCUCCUCAGCUCGUGGACCGAGCGCCCUGCGAUGCAGACGGCCUCAGCAGCCGUCAGCAGGACAAGAGGGUGAACCUCCGCAAGCUGAAGCUGCAGGAGAUGGAGGAGGAGUUCUACCAGUUUGUGGAGGUGGAGGAGGUGGCCAGUCACCUGAAGCUGCCGCCGGAGGUGGUGGACUUCCUCUACCAGUACUGGAAGCUGAAACGCAAAGCCAACUUCAACCAGCCGCUCCUCACGCCCAAGAAGGACGAGGAGGAGAGCCUGGCCCGCCGCGAGCAGGAGGUGCUGCUGCGGCGCCUGCAGCUGUUCACACACCUCCGUCAGGACCUGGAGAGGGUACGUAACCUGACCUACAUGGUGACUCGGAGGGAGAAGAUGAAGCGCUCGCUGUGGAGAGUCCAGGAGCAGAUCUUCCAGCACCAAGUCCGGCUGCUGGACCACGAGCUGCUCACAGGCGAUCCUUCAGCGAAGGACUUGGAGAAGCUCUUCUCUCUGGGCUGGUUAUCCUCUCAGGGCUCCCAGUCUCGCUCCUCCUGGAGCCACUCUGGACUGAAAACCAAACGGGGAUCUUUAAAGCAGGAAAAGAGGAAAAGCGGCGACAGGAAAAGCCUCUCAGACUCACCACACGUUCACAGGAAGGACAAUCCGAGCAAACCGCUGGAGACGAAGGACAGUAAAAGCUCCCGAAUCAAAGAGCCCGGGUCCGCCGAGGCUGCAAGCGAUGCCAAAAUCCAGAACACUCACAUCAGCCAGGAGACUCAGUUCCCAAAGCUUCAGAAGCCAGAGGUCGUUCAGGAAACGAUCGCUGUCAAGCUGCACAAACCCGAGAGCAGGAAAGGUCCCCGGAGGGAGGCCCCGGGGCCCGAACACGAGGCGCUGACGAGAGGGAAACGAGACAGCGAGCAGGAGGAGAGGAGGAGGAAGAGGAGGAGCGAGGCGACGGAGAGCUUCUCCAGCCAGGUGAAGAACAAGUUCGGGUCAAAACAUUUGGAGAAAACCGUGUCCAUCCGGCUGGUGGACAUCAGAAACUCUGACGCCGAUGAUUACUUCAUAGACGAAGGAAUGACCAAAAGAAGCCCCGUCUCUCUGGAUGUGACCACCAACACUAAAUUAAGCAAAGCCGGCGUGGUGUCAGACGCCGCAUCUGCCACCAAGGCCAACGGCUGGCUGAGGAAAACCCAGGGGAGCGGCUCCCACGCACCCAACGGACCCGUGGGCGGACACCUUAAAGGCUGGGGCAAGUUCAGGAUCCCUAAAAGGAGCGAGAGGCCUCUGACAGUGAAGGAGGAGGCGGAGGUGGAGGUGGUGCCACGCAAGCCGCUGCUGAGGCCGCUGACCAACACGCCGGAGCCGUCGUACCCGAGAACACGACUCCGCACGGGGACGGAGAACGACGGCUACGCCUCCGACUCCAAACCGGGCGACGGCGAGGUGGAGCCCUGCCUGAAACGAUGCCACUCCCACCAGCUGAGGGGCGACUCGUCUCUCGGCCGCCGCUACGGGUCCGACAUCAUCCGCCGAGGCGUGCUGGCCUCCUGAUGGCGGAGCAACACUUCGAACAUAAGCUGCACUGUGUUAGUGGGGAAAAGAACGACGGUCGCUCUUUGUACCUUUAUUUUUCUUGAUGAAUCAUAAAAUGCCUAGAUUAAAAACAGAGCUGAUAUUUAUUUUUUAUUUGUAACAUAUGUAAAACUGGGAAAUAUUUUACCUCUUACUUUAUUUUGAGCUAGUUUUAUUAUUAUUUUUUUCUCUCAAAGUAGAAAGAUGUCAAGUUGCCACUUAAACGCGCACUCAGAUAUUUACAAGCAAAAGCAUCAACUAGGAAGUUGUGAUUGUUGCUUGGGACCAUAAGCUUGCAAUGUAAUUAGUUCUUUGGCAUAGUAUUAAACUCGGCCACGAGUCAGUUGCACUUAGUCGGAAAAGCUGAAACAGAUCAUCCUCAUCCUGUCAGCGACUUAGGACUCUGUAGGUCUGUUUUUUUUUCUUUUUUUUUUCAAGCUUCAACAGCUUCGAACAGGGAGUCAAACUGCCCUUUUAUCGAUAUUUAAACUCCAGCUGUCAUCGUUUCUUCAGUCCGUAUCCGAAGCUCAACGCCACGAACUGAAAAUCCACAAACACACAAAAUAAGAAAAAGGAAUUCUGACUGAUGUUUUUCUUGUCAUCAGCACUUAAGUGUAAUUGAACUGCGAUCGUAUCGUAUCCAUCAUGUGCCUAACUUUUAUUUGAAGCGUUUGCACUACGAAAGGACGGCACAGGUGUGAGGUAUGAGUAGAGUUAUUUUUACACUGAAGAAUUAAAAAAGCGUUUUGUACCCUCGGCCGCUGCUGUACUACUACUGUUAUGCAAAAUGAAUCUUGUUUUGUCUUUGUCUUAAAGAGGAAUAAACACUCUGGACGA